UGGUAGCGCGGCCAACGCCGCUGCGCAGUCGUUCAACCAGGGUGGUGGCUUCGGAGGAUUCGGAGGUGGUGGUGGCCACGGAGGUGGUGGUUUCGGAGGACUUUCCGGGUCGGCGGCAUCGGCCGGAUCACAGUCCUUCACGCAGGGCGGCGGUGGUCACGGUGGAGGUGGGUUCCCCGGAUUCAGUGGAUUCGGCGGAUCGGCGGCCAAUGCCGGGGCGCAGUCCUUCAACCAGGAAGGUGGUUUCGGAGGAGGCCACGGAGGUGGUGGUUUCGGAGGACUGUCCGGGUCGGCGGCAAACGCCGCUUCCCAGUCGUUUUCGCAGGGCGGUGGUGGUGGUGGCCAUGGCCAUGGAGGCGGUGGUUAUGGACACUAA